GUGUUACGUCAGAAAUUGCAGGGCAAGCAAGGCAGAGUCUUAGGAGCUAUUCGUAGGCGUUACUGCCAAACCCGGCUCUUUGGGCUGCUCCUGAGCUCCCUGCAGCCAAUGCAAUUUCUAACUCUUUUUAAAAACAGCGGCAAUAUGCGGUAAGUCAGUUAUUCAUUCAUACUCUUUCAUUUCCUCGGGAUUUUUUUCCCCCCUCACAGCUUUCUUUACGUGACAGGUCACUGUUGCUGGCACAAUUACGCGCAAAAAAAAGAGGCAACAACAACAACAGGGGAGAGUGCAAAUACGCAGAGUAGUUUACACACACAGCCUCACUGAAAACAUCAUGGCAUGAUGAGGCAGAAGAGGUUUUUGACUCGCGGGGUUUUCUGCAGCAAGUUUUUUUGUUUGAUUUUUUGGGUGAUCUGAAAAGAAGAAGAAGAAGAAAAAAAAGCAAACAUGCCUCACGCUCGAAAUAGGAACCCGAGUCCCAUCCCAGAGGUAACAUGGGACACGGGACUGAAGGAGAUGAACGAAACCUGGAAAGGAGCUAUAGCCUGCCUGGGGGUGGCUGUCUUCUUUGUGAUGACCAUUGGGAUCAUAUAUUGGCAAGUGGUGGACCAGCCCAACAAAAACUGGAUCCUCAGGGGGACCCUGAGCGGACUGAUCUGGGAGAGAAGGACCCACUCGCUGGUCAUCCAGACUCUGACGGAGGACAUGACCUACGUGGAGAUAGAUGUGGGGAACGUGGGGAACCCCGACAUCGAGGUCCCCUUCGUGAGGAACCUSUGCUGGCUGAACAAAACCGAGUUCUGCUACACGUGGGACUCGGUGGCCGAGGUGAAGAUCUCGCUGGAGGUGAACGAGGAGACGGAGACGGAGUGCUACAGCAUGACCUGGACACCGGUGCACUGUCAUGUGGAGCUGAAGGACUGCUUCUCUAUGGCUAACGUGUCCUGGUACGGCGGUGCCAGUGUCCGCGGUCAAACCUGGCCAAUGAACGAUCAAAACGCAAUGAUGCAGCCCUUCGUCAUCAGUGAUCUGAAGGACACACCCUCUGGAUUCGGCUCUCCUCUGGAACGCUACUUCCUGGGUUCGUCUGGAGUCGCCGUGCUCGUAUCUCCCGAUAAUCCCGUGCAGCUCGGGGUGGACAGCAGACAGCAGUUCUGCCUGAAGUCACUGCCUAGUAUGGAGCGUCUUCCUCUUCAGUACACUGUCUGUGUGGCCCACAAUGUAAGGGCCGCUCACCAGGAAGCGGUGCAACAGCUCUCUGAGCACAGCCGAGAGCUGCCCAACAUGAAAACACUGUGGCUGCCGUUUUGGAAGCUCCUCGCUAACGUGGACUCGGGGCCGAAGGUGGAGCGGGAGCUGAGGACCUUCUCUAAUCGUCUGAAGAGACACCAGCUGGGGGAGGGAGUCAUCAGCCUCAACGAACAUUCCACCACUCUCCUCUCAGAUAUGGACCACGACUACCUCAACAACAGGAAGAGAGGGAUGUCCAAGAGACUGACCAGGGACCUCCCACUUGUCAAGCUUCUUAACAUUUCCAUCACCUUGUCCCCUUUCCUGGGCGUGGACACCACGCAGUUCCACACCUCCCUCAUGGAUGGCACAGAGGCCUUCUGGCUCAGCCUCCCCUCGGCCGCUCAGGGAACGCUGAUCCCUGUGAUGAGUCAGUGGCGAGGAAAGUUCUGCGUAAAGCUGAACCUCACAAACCCAGCAGCAGUGAGCUGGUUUCUGGACCGGGUGGGAUCCCUGCAGGCCCAUUUAGGAAUGGAGUACAUCACGCUGGAGGGGGGCGAGGGGAAUCUGUUUGAGGAGCAGGCUCUGCGGCCACCACUGGCUCUGAGUGGCGACAAGUACGUGGAGCUUCUGGCUGACCUGGCCGCCAGCAUCGGAGACUCCACCAUCGUGACGGCAGGAACACGGUCGAACCACAAGCCGCUGUUUGUGAGGAUGACCCCCCUACAGUCUGACUGGGGUCCAAUGGGACUGAGAGCCAUUAUUCCCUCCUUGUUGCACCAUACUCUGCUGGGAUACAACUUCCUCAUUCCUGAUGCAGUAGGAGGCACUCUGUCUGGAGAACUGGUCACAGAUCCGGAGCUGUUCAUUCGAUGGCUGGAGAUAGUUGCCUUCCUCCCAAGUAUCAGCUUCCACACGCCGCCCUGGGUCUGCGGAGAGGAGCAGGUGGUGAACCUGACUCGGACCUACAUAGCAAAGCACCAGAGGGAUGUGGUUCCGCUGAUAGAAAAGUAUGCAGAGGAGUGGCAGUUGACGGGAAACCCCAUCUACCGGCCAAUGUGGUGGCUCAGUCCCAGUGACCCAAUGACCUUCACCAUCAACGACCAGUUUCUCAUCGGAGACGAGGUCCUGGUGGCGCCGGUGGUGGAGAAGGGGGCGGUGCAGAGGGAUAUUUAUCUACCUGACGGGGGCUUCCGGUGGCAGGACAGCCGGAGCGCGCAGGUGUUUGACGGGGGGACGUUUCUGCAGGACUACCCCGUUCCUCUGGAGGAGGUGGCUGUUUUCCUACAGAGAACCUGAGUCCUGACUAAUCCACUGAAUCACUUGACUCCUACUGUUACUGUUCUGAAUCAAAUUCUUAAAACAAAUACUUCUCUGAAAGUGUCCUGAUCUCAACUUGCACUUUUCCCCCUAAAGACCAUGGACAUUCUCUCAUCUUCUGGCUCGAGAUGAGAAGUAGGAAGACUUAAAAUACUUGCACUUUAAAGUUGAAAAUGACUUUUUCUUUCUCUCUUUUUGAGCAUUUCUUUUUGCUUCCUUUAUCGUUUUUUUUUUAAAGAAAAUGUUAAUCAGUUUUUACCUCUCAGCUGAUUUGUUUCUGGACUUUUUUUUAAAUUCAUUCACCUGUUUUUGUGUAUAGUUCUUGAGAAAUCCGUGUGUUUACAUACUGCCUUUCAACAGUCUUUAAAAUUUCUAGUUGCUGCUGGCUCUCUUCAUGGAGAGGAACAAAGCAAGCCCCGAUGUUGGCUUAAAAGAAUCUCUCAAGAAGACCAAAUGAAGAAAUGGAAAAACAAAGGACGACUUUUGAAAAGGCUAUUUUUUUUCUUCGAGGGAACCGCUUGCUAGGAGGAAAUUACGUCGCAGAAAGCUGCCAAUGGGGACAGAGAUUCGCUGUGGAUGUCUUGCUUACUCAACAGAAAGGCUUUUACUUGAACCAAUCAGGCUGCGGGGCUGCUGUUAAAUGAAUGUACCUCAAAUUCUUACUCAACAACCCAUCAUCCUUAGUACAUGAAGCAGUUUGAAGUAAUCAUACCACUGUAUUAUAGUACUGUACACCAGAAAACUUGAGGCCAGGUUACUGUUGUUUUAACUUUUCAUACAUUUGAGUUUAGAUCAAAUUUGACCUUUAUAAUAAUAUUACUGUAGCAGUGGGUUAUAAAUGGUGAUUUUGAAUUAUUGUUUUGAAAUGCUCUCCCUUGGGAGCCACUUAAAGUUCUAAAGAAGCCAUGAAGAAGAUG